UUGCAAGGCCACUAGUGUUGUUGUGAUGAACUGUGCGGAGAUCGAGAUACAGUCGGCCAAGUGUGUACAGGGAGAUCUCGAACGAGGUGGAGUGUGUGGAGAUGGAGGUCACAUUUGCACGUACCCCCAUCAUGUCUUCCUACCUCCUGGCCUUCAUUUUGGGGGAAUCUGAGUUCAUGGAGGAAACACACUCGUACAUACAUGAUAUGUAUUGAUGAAUGUUGCUUCGGUUUAAUUAUGAAGGAUUUUGCAGCUGGAGCUAUGGAGAAUUGGGGACUGGUGACUUACAGAGAGAGACUACUGUUGAUUAUUUUUUCAGGAUAUAAACUGCAAGACAACAAUUUCACAGUGCCGGUUGGGCCACCGUCUGAGGUGGAGGAGAUAUUUGAUGCCAUUUCCACAGAGCUUCCAAAAGGGUCUGUACACUUACCUCACCACCUUUGCCUACAAGAAUGCCUCAACUGGAAGGUGGCAAUAGAGUCCUCACUCUGUCUCAGAGAAAGUUCUGUGGAGACGGGAACAUAACAGGAUUUGAGUCCAUGCUAUGGAAGGUGCCCAUCGUCAUAGCAACCAAGGGGAAUCCCCAAGCUGCGUCACUGGUGCUGACAGAGCAGUCAACUACCGUGACACUGGAGGGAGUGGGGGAGGGUGACUGGGUGCUGGUGAAUCCAGAGAGGGUAGGUUUCUACCGAGUGUCCUACUCCUCAGAGCUGUUUCAGAGUCUGACCCCUGCCCUCACUAGCCACACCCUCUCCCCCCGAGACCGUCUCGGACUGCAGAAUGACGCCUUUGCCAUGGCUCGGUCGGGAGUUGGUAGUACAGUUGACGUACUGGCUCUGUUUGCCUCCUACUCUACUGAGACCAGAUACACCGUCUGGGAGAGCCUUGCUGGCAACCUGGCCACCAUCAGUCGCCUUCUAUCCCACACUCAAUACUACCCUAGUUUCAAAGCGUAUGCUCAGAAGAUAUUUGAGAAGGCUGUGGCCUCAGGCACUUUUGUUUAAAAUUACUUCUUCACUCCUCAAACUCGCUAACUGUAGCACGCAUGGAGGUGAAACUUGGUGCUCAUGUGUAUUACAUCGUUUCCAUGACAAUAACCACAACAAGAAAUA